AUGGCCAGCAUAGUAUCAAUAGACCGCCCAUUUGGAAUCUAUCUUGAUGAUUAUUUUGUAAAAACGUAUAGCUUGCUCACAGGAAAAAAUCCAAAUGAUUUCGCCUUCGUUCCAGGUGUUACACCUCUUUCAACACUAACUGAAGUUAUCAUUAGUUGUGUUACUUAUUUUUCCCUGAUAUUUGGAGGUCGACUACUUUUAACAAAUAUUCCAGUUAUAAAGCUCAAUUUAAUUUUUCAAAUUCAUAACUUUUUGUUAACCAUAUCAUCGCUCAGUUUAUUAUUACUAUUCAUCGAACAAAUAUUACCAAUCUAUUGGCGUAAUGGUAUUUUUUAUUCUGUAUGUAGCAAAAAUGGAUGGACUCAACGAUUAGAAUUAUUAUAUUAUUUGAAUUAUCUUGUCAAGUACUGGGAACUUGCAGAUACUAUUUUCUUGAAUUCAUUAAUUUAUCUUUUUACUUUAGAAUUUUUACACGUUUUUCAUCAUAGCAUGACAAUGGCUUUAUGUUAUUCUCAAUUAAACGGUCGAACCACAGUGUCAUGGGUUCCGAUUACUUUAAAUUUGACGGUGCACGUGUUUAUGUAUUACUAUUAUUUUCGUGCUGCUGGAGGUGCAAAGAUUUGGUGGAAGCAAUAUCUUACAACAUUACAAAUUAUUCAAUUUAUAAUUGAUCUUUUCUUCGUAUACUUUUGUUCUUAUACUUACUUUGCUUCCACAUAUUGGCCUUGGAUGCCAAAUGUUGGUACUUGUGCUGGUGAUGAAAGCGCAGCUAUUUUUGGAUGUUUGCUUUUGAGUAGUUAUUUAAUAUUAUUUAUUGGAUUUUAUAACAAAACUUAUUAUUCUAAAAAUGCUUUGAAAGGUAAAGGUAAAGGUAAACCUAUCUCCAAAGCUGCUUAA